AAGGCAGAGAGCAGUGGGAGGGAGCCUGUUUCUGCCGUGUGGAUUCUCUGGAUUGCUCCUCCUUCCUUGAGUUGCACACCAUCAUGGAGACCCCUCUUGAGAAGGCCCUGACCACUAUGGUCACCACUUUCCACAAAUAUUCGGGGAAAGAGGGCAGCAAACUGACCCUGAGUAGGAGGGAACUAAAGGAGCUGAUCAAGAAGGAGCUGUGUCUUGGCGAGAUGCAGGAGAGCAGCAUUGAUGACCUGAUGAAGAGCCUGGACAAAAACAGCGACCAGGAGAUCGACUUUAAGGAGUACUCGGUGUUCCUGACCACACUGUGCAUGGCCUACAAUGACUUCUUCCUGGAGGACCACAAAUGA